UCCUCUCCCCUCCCCCGAGCGAAUCACGCGCCCUCCUCUGACACUCGUAGCGGGCCCGAGCUCCGAAUUUAUCCUUCACGUGACCUGAGGGGGUUGGGUGGUUGGUUGGGGACGGAGGGGGAGAGGGAAAGGAGGGAACGGAAUCUGCCGUUGCCCGAGCAACAGGCCCCGCCCAUCGGCUUGGGCCGGGGGGCGGGAGGAGGACGUCAGCACGUCAGCCGGGGUUUUGCGUUUUGAUUGACAGUUGCUAUAGCGACCGGGUCGGUCCGUCGCCAUUUUGUUGGUUGGUUUUUUUUUAAACCCUUUCGCUUCCCGCCCGAAUAAUAAUAAAAAGCCCCAUUGGAGUGAGGCGGGGGUGGCGGCGGCAAGAGCGGCGGGGGGAUCCGGGGAGACUGCUGCCGUCGCUGCUGCUGAUCGCGGCUCAGGUCGGGCUCAGGGAGCGGACACCCCGAGCGGGGGGUGCGGGCGCCGCCGCCGCCGCCGCCGCUUCUGCUGCUGCUGUUCCUGCUGCUGCUGUUGGUGCCGCUGCCGCCGCCGGCGAGCGGGCGGGACCGGUGUGAGUGUGAGAGUGUGUGUGUGUGAGUGAGCGUGUGCGAGGGCGAGUGUGCGUGCGUAUGUGUGUGUGAGUGUCUGUCUGUCUGUGCGGGGACUCGGGGGCGGGCGGUUCGGGCUCUCCUGGCGGAGGAGCCGCCGCCGCCGCCGCGCCGCCCGGGCCCCGGCGCUUCUCGCUGCGCAGGUUUGGAGCGCGCGCCAUUUUGUGAGAUUUACAAAAUCCUCCUCGGGAAGAAGCCGCCGGGAGCAGUCGCGACUCGGCGCCCGGCCUCGCCGCCGCCGCCGCCCUCCACGCCGGGCCGGGCCGCGCGGCCCCGCCGCCGGGAGUCGGGGUCCGGGGACUGCGGUAUUUGCCGGGGAGGGGGCUGUCGCCUCCCCGGCCCCAGGCGCCGCUGGAACCGCGAGCCGGAGAGAGACUGGGAAGGUUGCGGCUCGGCCGCGGAGCCGGGAGCGCCGGGGGCGGAGAGAGGCGACCGGGGCGGCGCUGGCUGCGGAGGCCACGGCUGGAGCGCAGCGGCGGGAGCCGGAGGCUGAGACUCACCGGAGGGAGCGGCGCGAGCGCCCCGCCAUCGUCCUGUGUUGUAGUUUUGCUGCUGGACUCCUCUCUCCCUCCCCCACCCCAUCAGGAUGAUAUGAGACUUGAAAGAAGACGAUGCAUACAGGAGGAGAGACUUCAGCAUGCAAACCUUCAUCUGUUCGGCUUGCACCGUCAUUUUCAUUCCAUGCUGCUGGCCUUCAGAUGGCUGGACAGAUGCCCCAUUCACAUCAGUACAGUGACCGUCGCCAGCCAAACAUAAGUGACCAACAGGUUUCUGCCUUAUCUUAUUCUGACCAGAUUCAGCAACCUCUAACUAACCAGAGGCGGAUGCCCCAAACCUUCCGUGAUCCAGCAACAGCCCCCCUGAGAAAACUCUCCGUUGACUUGAUCAAAACAUAUAAGCAUAUUAAUGAGGUUUACUAUGCAAAAAAGAAGCGAAGGCACCAACAGGGCCAGGGAGACGAUUCUAGUCAUAAGAAGGAGCGGAAGGUUUACAAUGAUGGUUAUGACGAUGAUAACUAUGAUUAUAUUGUAAAAAACGGAGAAAAGUGGAUGGAUCGUUACGAAAUUGAUUCCUUGAUAGGCAAAGGUUCCUUUGGACAGGUUGUAAAGGCAUAUGAUCGUGUGGAGCAAGAGUGGGUUGCCAUUAAAAUCAUAAAGAACAAGAAGGCUUUUCUGAAUCAAGCCCAGAUAGAAGUGCGUCUUCUUGAGCUCAUGAACAAACAUGACACUGAAAUGAAAUACUACAUAGUGCAUUUGAAACGCCACUUUAUGUUUCGAAACCAUCUCUGUUUAGUUUUUGAAAUGCUGUCCUACAACCUCUAUGACUUGUUGCGGAACACCAAUUUUCGAGGUGUCUCUUUGAACCUAACACGAAAGUUUGCACAGCAGAUGUGCACUGCACUGCUUUUCCUUGCGACUCCAGAACUUAGUAUCAUUCACUGUGACCUAAAACCUGAGAAUAUCCUUCUCUGCAACCCCAAACGCAGUGCAAUCAAGAUCGUUGACUUUGGCAGUUCUUGUCAAUUGGGGCAGAGGAUAUACCAGUAUAUUCAGAGUCGCUUUUACCGGUCUCCAGAGGUGCUACUGGGAAUGCCUUAUGAUCUUGCUAUCGACAUGUGGUCCCUUGGGUGUAUUUUGGUUGAAAUGCACACUGGAGAACCUCUGUUCAGUGGAGCCAAUGAGGUAGAUCAGAUGAAUAAAAUAGUGGAAGUUCUGGGUAUUCCACCUGCUCAUAUUCUUGACCAGGCACCAAAAGCAAGAAAGUUCUUUGAGAAGUUGCCAGAUGGCACUUGGAACUUAAAGAAGACCAAAGAUGGAAAACGGGAGUAUAAACCACCAGGAACCCGUAAACUUCACAGUAUUCUUGGAGUAGAAACAGGAGGGCCUGGUGGGCGUCGUGCUGGGGAAUCGGGUCAUACGGUAGCCGACUACUUGAAGUUCAAAGACCUCAUUUUAAGGAUGCUUGAUUAUGACCCCAAAACGCGAAUUCAACCUUACUAUGCCCUGCAGCACAGUUUUUUCAAGAAAACAGCCGAUGAAGGUACAAAUACAAGUAAUAGUGUGUCCACGAGCCCCGCGAUGGAGCAGUCACAGUCCUCGGGCACCACCUCGAGCACGUCGUCAAGCUCAGGUGGGUCGUCGGGCACGAGCAACAGUGGGAGAGCCAGGUCGGACCCAACGCACCAGCACCGGCACAGCGGCGGGCACUUCACAGCUGCCGUCCAGGCCAUGGACUGCGAGACGCACAGUCCCCAGGUGCGCCAGCAAUUUCCUGCUCCCCUUGGUUGGUCGGGCACUGAAGCUCCUACACAAGUUACUGUUGAAACUCAUCCUGUUCAAGAAACAACCUUUCAUGUAGCCCCUCAACAGAAUGCAUUGCAUCAUCACCAUGGAAACAGUUCCCAUCACCACCACCACCAUCACCACCACCACCACCACCAUGGACAACAAGCCUUGGGUAACCGGACCAGGCCAAGGGUCUACAAUUCUCCAACAAAUAGCUCCUCUACCCAGGAUUCUAUGGAGGUUGGCCAUAGUCACCACUCCAUGACUUCCUUGUCUUCCUCUACGACUUCUUCCUCUACAUCUUCUUCCUCUACUGGUAAUCAAGGCAAUCAGGCCUACCAGAAUCGCCCAGUGGCUGCUAACACCUUGGACUUUGGACAGAAUGGAGCUAUGGACGUGAAUUUAACCGUCUACUCCAAUCCCCGCCAAGAGACUGGCAUAGCCGGACAUCCAACAUACCAGUUCUCUGCUAAUACAGGUCCUGCACAUUACAUGACUGAAGGACAUCUGACAAUGAGGCAAGGGGCCGACAGAGAGGAGUCCCCCAUGACAGGAGUUUGUGUGCAACAGAGUCCUGUAGCUAGCUCGUGACUAAAUCAAAACUUGAGUUUGUUUCUUGUGUGUUUUUAUAGAAGUGGUGUUUUUUUUCCAAAAAACAAAGUGCAAAGCUGCUUGAAUCAGAAGGAGAUUAACACACUGAACCGCUACAGGAGGGCAGAGCUGACUUUUUUUUUUUUUAACUUGAAAAGAUUGCAAAGGGACAAUGAAGUUUUUAAAAGAGCCAUGUCCAAACCCGUCUUCAUGGAUAGCUCAGAGGCGUCCUCUUUUGGCCUCCCUCAUUUUAACUUGCCACAUCCCAGUCAUAGUGGGGUUUUUUGUCUUUCUAUUCCACAAAAGUUAAUGUUCAGAUGUUGGUCUUGGUCAUUUGCCAACUAAUUUUAAAAUAAAAAGGCACUGCACAUAAUUUGCAUAAAGGGCCCCACGAGGGUGUUUUUUUCCUUUUUGUUUUUUCCUUUUUUCCUUUUUUUGUUUUUGUUUUGUUUUGGGUGGGGGUGGGUGGGAAAUUUGGGUUUUUAAGUCCUCUAAACACACUUGGGCACGGAAAUGCAGUACUGUAAGGAAGAGGGACCUCCAGCUUACACAAACAUCACCUUCAGCUGUGUGGAAGGGACGGUUGUGUUGGAGUUUGUAAGGCACAGGAAGCAUGCUAAGUGGCGGGGAUCAGAACUCUCCUGUCUGAACCUACUGAGGAGCAAAGCAGCAAUUACACGGGAUCCUGUGGGUCUCCUGUGGGAGAGGCCACAGUAAGAUAGUAAUGGAACGUGACUGGUCUCCCAACCAAGGUGCACUGAGAAGCAAUCAACGGGUCAGUCGCGGCCAGUCCUGGGGAGGUCUGAGUGGUGGUCUUUGGGAUAACCUUUGGCCUUAUGGAUUUGGACUCGAAAUUAGAAGAGCCUACCAUUUCAGAUGCAAUCACUUUUGGACAUGCUUUUGCAGACAGUCCUUAAUGCUGAAAACAGAGAAUGGGUAAUUCAAGAGGCCUUUCUUUUAAAAUAGACUUUUGUGACCCACUAAUUGUAAGGUAUUGCAAGGUCACUUUGCGUGUGUCAUAAAGUUGACUUCCUUAUUGGUUGAAGGUCACAGAAGUAGUGGUUUGCUUUGAUGGAAAUAGCUACAGCUGUGUCCCUUCCUGCUUUUUACUUUUUCUUUUGCUUUUUCUCGGCACGUGGUAUCUCCACCAUUUCUUCUGCACAAAGAUGUCUUCUGUUCAUCCUGAACAUUUUUAAAAAAUGCAGAAUUUUAUGUGACUGCUUUUUUGCCUCACAAUUAUGCUGUGAAUUUUACAAAAAUUUAUUUUCUUUUUUGAUAAUUUAUUGUACCAAAGCUGUUUUUAUAGCACAUAGAUGUCUGUAACCAAUAAUGUAGCAGUUCUGCACUUUGACACAAGGUGUAACUAGACCAUUUUUAAAUGUCAGUUGAAAAUUAUGGCUGUACUAUUGCUUAAACAAAACUGGAACUGUUGUUGAAUCCAUAGCCAAUACAUUUACAGCAAUCUGUGUACUGAACAUAAUAGAUUGACAUCUAAUUCAAGAUUACAACGUGUUACAUUCUAAAUGUGUUCAGGCUUCUGAGGGUAAAGGGACACUGGAUCCAGAAGCUAUGGAACCAGCAGUUGAUUCUUGUAUUCCUGAUUAACCUUCUUGUAAACUUGAAAGCAAGACCUUGGUUGCACCAACAGGUCCAAAUAUGAGCACGAGUAAAGCAAAACUCUCAUGCAUGACCUGAAGCGAACAGGCUGGGGUUGAACAGGUGCCUCGUUGUGAGAUUAUGCUGCCUUAAUGUAACACAGUCUGGCAGUUGCUAAAUUUGUGUUCCCAUUUUAAAUUGACCAAUUUUAGGGUGUUAUACUUUUGAGCGGUUGAAUUGGGAGAAUGAAGAUGAGUAACUUACCUGCCCAGGAUCAAAAGAAGCCUAGAAAAGAAGCAGUAAUCUACCUCUGCCGAUAACCCUUUCAGAACAACUCAGCAGAAACACCACAUUACUUUUUAUUGGUCAAUUCCAUGUGGCUGACUAGGUCCGUUUUUUUCUGAACAAACGCAGGUUUUUAUAUGUAAACAGUAACAAAAGAAAGGCUUAAAAAACUAUGUGAAUGUGAAUGGAAAUGUGGAAAUAUCCAUUUUUAUAAACCACAAAAUUUUUUGUUGUUAAUCAGGAAAUCCAUAUUUAUUUUGUAAUGUCAAGCCUGUGGAUUUUUGAACUUGCUAGUUCAUAAAGGUUUACAGUGAAUAAAAGGAUAUCACCUUGAGUAUAGCAAUAUCAAAAGGAAUUCAGUAAGUUACUGCUGUUUAGGACUAUGAGGUAAAGAUAUUAUAUGGAUCAGGUCAUUUUUUUUCUGUGCUGGUUGCCACAUCUUAAAAAGCACCAAAAAAAACGAAAGCAGUUUUUAAACCGCUAUUUACAUAAAGGAAAUCAUAAAACCCAGUGCUUCUGCAUACUGUGUUAUGUUACAGUCCAGUUUUGUGUGCUUUACUACACGGUUUGGUUACAGGACUUCUGUGCAUUGUAAACAUAAACAGCAUGGAAAAGGUUAAAUACCUGUGUGCAGAUUGUAAGAUCUGGUCCGGACUUGCUGUGUAUAUUGUAACGUUAAAUGAAAAAGAACCCCCCUUUGUAUUAUAGUCAUGCGGUCUUAUGUAUGAUAAACAGUUGAAUAAUUUGUCCUCA